GACAUUGUUUCAAUAAGCUUCUGUAAUGUCACUGUAUUUAUUUCUGCAUUUAUUUUUACCAAGAUCUUAUAUUGAUGAUGGGAGAGUUGGACAAAGUCUUCUCCAGAACAUCCCAAAGGUUCUCAGUGGGGCUGAGGACAAUCCAUGUCAUGCUCCCUGAUCCACGCAUUCUCAAUGUUCUUCCUUUCACUAUUAAAGAGCCGUGAGUUCUACUGUUGAUCUCCUACGAUCAUCUAAGAGUGUUUCUGGAAGAUGAUGGUUCUCCACUAUCCUUCAGGUUUUUAAUGAUGUACUUCUUAACCUGAUUCUAGUAGUUUCAGAAAUCUGCUUAGUUGUUUUCUUUGCUUGAUGCAGGCCAAUAAUUUGACCCUUCUGAGACAGAAGAAGAAGGAGAAGAAAGGAGAAAAAGAAAAAGGAGAACUGAGAUUAAAAAAUAAAUCUGUGUAUGUCCCUUUAAGACCCUUUAAGUUCUCGCGCAUGCGCACACUGCCACCCCGCGACUGCAGUUAACAUUCAAGCUAGCAUAGUUGUCAGAAGUUAUUUUUCACUCGACAAACCCCUCCUAAAUGUCCAGAAACCAGGUCUCUAACUUACUAGCAUGUAAAAUCUCUAAUUAAACAGUCUACGUUCCUCGUGUAGAGCUGCUUAUACAACAGAGAACUUUAAUAAAUAGUCUAUGAUUCAUCUGUACGGUACCAGGAUUAUCAGAAGAGCUGCAGCAUCGAGACUCUGCAGCUGCUGGAGGAGGUCGUUGUCAGCUGACCGUCCUUGGUUCCAGUCUGUGAGACGAAAUACUUCAUUUUUCUCACACUCAGCUACAGGGUCCAGGAUGAGUAAGAAGCUGCUGGUGGACGUGGACUGUGGCGUGGACGAUGCUCAGGCCAUCAUGUUGGCACUGGCCGCCCCCAACGUCAAGCUGCUGGGCAUCACCUGUGUGCACGGAAACACCACGGUGGAAAACGUGUGCAAGAACGCCCUGCGAGUUCUGCAAGCCUGCAACUCACUGGAGAUUCCAGUGUUUAAAGGUGCUGCUAAGCCGAUCCUUGGGAACAGUAUCAACGCGGGCGAAUUCCACGGACAUGACGGCCUAGGAGAUGCUCCCGACUCCAGAGCUCCGGGUCUGGACCUGGUUCAGAAGGAGGGCGCUGUGUCAGCUAUGAUCAGGAUAGUUAAUGAGAACCCAGGAGAGGUGUCACUGGUUGCCACGGCGCCCCUCACCAACCUGGCUCUGGCUGUCAAGUUGGAUCCAUCCCUGCCAAGCAAACUCCGAGGGCUCUACAUCAUGGGAGGCAACACUGAAUCUCGAGGAAACACAACGGUAUGUGGAGAGUUUAACUUUGCUGCUGAUCCAGAAGCUGCAUACAUUGUGCUGAAUGACUACCACUGUCCCACAUACCUGGCCUGCUGGGAGUUUACCUGCUACAGCAAACUGCCAUGGGAAUUCUGUGACGCCUGGCUGGCACAGGACACUGACAAAGCUCGCUUCAUGGCGCAGAUCUUCCGCCACAGCAUCGAGGUGUCGCAGACCGAACGCUACGAAAAGGAGUUCAUCACCGGAUCUGGAUUCAUUUCCUGCGAUUCGUACGCCAUGGCGGCAGCUGUGGACGACUCAUUCAUCCUAGAAAGCGACCGGUACCCGGUUAGCGUGGAGCUGACGGGAACACACACCAGAGGCAUGAUGGUAGUGGACACUGUGGGGUUCAUGAAGAAGACUCACAAAGCUUUCAUCAUGAAGAAGGUGGAUAUGAAGAAGUUUGAGCAGAUGAUGAUGGCUGCUUUGAAAUGACCGACCUGAAUGAGGGACUCUUACUGCUUCUGUCCACACUAGGGCUGGACCCCAAUAUUCGUUUGCUACGGCGGUAUCCGGAUAUUAAUUUUGGUAUCCGAAUAUUCGCCUCCCCAAUAAUAUAAUUCAGCAUUACUGUCUUCCCUCCGCCUUUGGCCCACCCCGUCCUGUGAUCACAUAAACAUAUACACAUUUGUCUACGUGAUCACCCCCGCCUCCCCCCACAUGAAAAUAUUCAGAGUUCGUCUCUUCCCUUCGCCUUCGGCUCAUCUCUGCUCAUCCAUUCCUGUUUCUUACCACCACCUGAAUGGCCGGGUGGCUGCCGACUCUGACGUCACGCUUCACUUUGUUGCAUAAACACAAGACAAGAUGCUGAAGACCUCUGCUGUUUGGGAAUUCUUCAGUUUAAUUGAAGACAAAACGAAGGCCGAAUAUUUGUCUUUAAUAGGGCCUGAAUAUCCGGAGGCCAGAAACCACUAUUCGGGCCAGCCCUAGUCCACACAUUCGGCUCAGUUUUUGAAGGUUUUGAUGUGACAAAACUGGUGAACUCAGACCUGAUAGUAUUCGUAGUGACAAACUGACUGUUUCCCUGUAGUAUGAUGAAACUGUCAUAAAAAUAAAUUUUUAAGAAUA